UAUCCAAAAGCCGCCUUUUUCUUUUUGAUGUUCGUCAUCCUCCCAGCUAGCUACUGCUGUAGUGUAGUGUGCACAGUAGAAGCCAAGAGCAGACCAGAGAAAGCUGUGAAUGGCGCAUGUGCUCGCUCUUCGUGCAAUACAACCCGUCGAGACAAGAAAACCUUUGGCUGAGCGACUGAGAAAAGCCCGUAAACCCAACACAUCCAUUUCUGCUCCUAAAAGAGGUCCUCUUGGUCCAUUACAAAAGACCCAGAAGUUGAAUUUGGAGGUUUCUCCUCAUAGAGCUGUUUCUGCUGUGAGGUUGAUGAGAAUUGAGCUGGGUGGUGCAUUUGCUGACCUUCUGAAUGAGAAAGGAAAAGGUUCUGGUAGCAAUGAAAUGGGAUAUGUAGAAAGAACUCUUGGGUUUCGAACACGUGAUUUAGAUGAUCGGGGUCUUAGAUUGGUUACAGAUAUUGUUGGAGGAACCAUUAGAUGGAGGAGAUAUCUUGAUCAUUUAAUCUGUUCACUCUGCCAUGAAGAAAGCACAUUCAGAAGCUUGGAGCCUCUUCUUCUACAGAUUCUUCGCAUUGGUUUCUACGAGAUUGUAAAGCUUGAUAUGCCACCAUAUGCUGUUGUAGAUGAGAAUGUCAGACUUGCAAAGGUUGCCCUUAGACCUGGUGCUGGUAACAUGGUUAAUGGGAUACUUCGGAAACUAGUGUUGCUUAAGGAAAAUGACGCCCUUCCUCUACCUAAAGUGGAAGGUGAUGAUCGAGAACAAGCACGUGCUCUUGCAACUCUUUAUUCUCAUCCUGUAUGGAUGGUACGGCGUUGGACAAAGUAUUUUGGGAGUGAAGAAGCUAUCAAAUUGAUGAUGUGGAACAACAGUAAUCCCAGUUUCAGUUUGAGGGCAAACAUUGGGAAAGGUGUUUCAAGGUCCGACCUUGUGUUGCAGCUAAAUUCGUUAAAGGUUCCAUAUGAGCUUUCAUUGAAUUUGGAGGAUUUUGUACGCAUCAAAACUGGCUUGCAGAUUGUUAUGCAAGCUGGAUUACUGCGAGAAGGUCUGUGUUCUGUCCAGGAUGAGAGUGCAGGUAUGAUAGUUUCUGUUGUGGAUCCUCGGCCUGGUGAGAGCAUUGUUGAUGGUUGUGCUGCUCCUGGAGGAAAGACACUUUAUAUGGCAUCCCGUUUGAGUCGAAAGGGUAAUUUGUAUGCAAUUGACAUAAACAAAGGGCGGUUAAGAAUCCUUAGAGAGACAGCAAAGUUGCAUCAAGUUGAUGAUGUUAUUACCGCCAUUAACGCUGACCUUCGUGCCUUUGCUGAUGCUAAUCAGGUGAAGUAUGAUAAGGUUUUGCUGGAUGCUCCGUGUUCGGGACUUGGGGUUCUCUCCAAGAGGGCAGAUUUGCGCUGGAAUAGGAGAUUGGAGGACUUAGAACAACUCAAGAACUUGCAGGAUGAGCUCCUUGAUUCAGCUUCCAUGUUGGUGAAACCUGGUGGGGUUUUAAUAUAUAGUACCUGCUCCAUAGAUCCCGAAGAAAAUGAAGAGCGGGUGUAUGCAUUUCUUCUCAGGCAUCCUGAGUUUUGCAUUGAUCCUGUUGAUAGAUAUGUACCAUCUGAGUUUGUGACAAAGCAAGGUUUCUAUUCCUCUAACCCAGUAAAACAUUCACUAGAUGGGGCCUUUGCUGCUCGCUUAAUAAGGGAGAUAUGACUAGAUGAAUUUUGGCUCUUUCUGUCAGCCAGUUCAGUCAUCUUCUGAAAUCAUGCAUACACCAUUUGCAUUUUUGGAUGCACAUGCCAUGUCCUUAGUUUGAUAAGCUUUUCGGGGACUUCAAGUACUGCUGUUACCGCAAUGCAGGACUUUUUUUUUUAAAAAAAUUUCUGGAGCCGAGAACAUAGAAAGCCAUCUUUGUGGCUAGUUGGCAUGCAGAUUGCAGCAGCAAUUUUCAAGAAAUGCUUGAAAUUACGCGAGUCACAUGGUUUUGAUAUUAUCGGAUCAACUCUCAGCAUAAUCUAAA